AUGGCCAGACUUUGCGUUAGAAUGUUUUACAUACUGGUUUUGUGCCCGGUUCUGCUUGCUUCGGCUGUUUUGACUCUCACCAUAGAUUCGCAACUUGGAACAUCAGUGGAAGAUUGCUUCGACCGCAUCUCUAUAGGCGAACAGCUUCCGCGUGACGCCAUCUAUCGGAAUGUGACCGAACUAACUACCAUAGAGUGCGAGCAGAUUUGCAAACAAGACAAACAGUGCCAGGCGUAUGAUUACGGGGUUGGUGCAAAAGGUAACGCUACCUGUGACCUAAGCAACGUUGACGAAAAGAAAAUAAAGGAGACGAACCUCUUCCUACGGAAUCCUGACUAUGACGUCUAUGUCCGUCGGUUCCAAUGCGAACAGUCCCCCCCAUCGCCAAUAGACCAGCAAAAUAGCUCAGAAAAUGAAAACCAGCAUCGCCCAGUCUUUCGCCCAGUUGAAGAUGAUCCUAAAAGACCUUUAUACGACGAUUUAAACCCAUAUGAAACGAGCAGACCUUCAUAUAUUUCUAAUAGACCUAACAGGCCUAGUUAUGGUGGAGACGAAAGACCUGAUGAAUAUAACCCAGGAAAACCUGACAACGAUAGACCACCAAGCUAUGGGGCACAUAAACCUCAAGAAAUACCUUAUAGACCGGAUGAUAGACCUCCAAGUUAUGGAUUGCAUAAGCCUCAAGAGAUACCUUACAGACCUGAUGAUAGACCGCCAAGUUAUGGGGCACACAGACCUCAAGAAAUACCUUAUAGACCUGAUGAAAGACCUCCAAGUUAUGGAGCACAUAAACCUCAGGAGAUACCUUAUAGACCUGACGAUAGACCUCCGAGUUAUGGAGCACAUAAGCCUCAAGAGAUACCUUACAGACCUGAUGAUAGACCUCCGAGCUACGGAGAACAUAAACCUCAAGAUAUUCCUUAUAAACCACCAAGGCCUUACAUGAAUACUUCAAGACCUUCUGAUUCUUAUGAUCAACUUUAUUUUCAAGAUCUAUAUGGUAAACCGAGACCAGAGUUUUGGAGGCCUGAUCCAUAUCAUCCACCUUUACCAGGUGAUGAAAUCCAGGAUAUUUAUGGACCUAAACCGGUUAGGCCACUACGACCUGAAUACGUUCCAGAAAGACCCCAAUAUCAGUAUAUUAUCAGACCUAAUAAGAGACCUUAUAAGCCCGUAUUAGAAGAUCAAGGAUACAAUCAAGUUAAGCCUCUUUAUCCAAAUAGACCUGAGUAUGGUUCAGGAAUUAAUGACCCAGAUAGGCCGUACAGACCAUCUAGGCCUUAUGAUAAACCAAGUUAUACGUAUACUGGGCAGUACGCUAGUAAUUACGGCACAUCACAAGACAAUUCUAUCAAAGUAGAAAUAUAUGAUCCGCCGCGUCCAUAUAGACCAAGUACUAGUCAAAGGCCAUACCAUGAAAGUCCUGAGAAUGGAGAAAUCUACGGACAAGGAUACGGAUAUAAUAGUUAUUCGAACCAACAGUCGUUUUCUCAGAGUGCCGCCCAAUAUGGAUCUAGUUCUUGGAGUCAAAACAAUCAAGGUUACAAACCCCAAAAACCCAGCUACGGUACAGUUAGUUAUGAAGAUAAUGAAAAUGAUGAUGCUGGUUAUGGACCUAAACCACCAAAACCUAAGCCUUCACUGUCAUCAGGGUCGUAUGGAAAUCAACAUGAUCAAAGUGGGUACGGAGAAAGUUCUAGCAAUCAAGGUUAUGGAGGUCAAACUACGUCUAAUAAUGGCUAUGGUGGUGAAACCAGUUUAAAUAAUCAAGGAUACGGUCAUAAUAGCUACGGAGGACAGGCUAGUUCAAAUAAUCAAGGAUAUGGCCAAAGUAGUUAUGGCGGCCAACCCAGUUCUAAUAGUGGUUACGGAGGUCAGACUAGCUCAGUUAAUGGCUAUGGUGGCCAGUCUAGUUCAACUGAUAGCUAUGCAAGUCAGAUUAGUUCUACAAAUAGCUAUGGAGGUCAAUCUAGUUCUAAUAAUGGUUAUGAAAGUCAAUCUAGUUCUAAUAAUGGCUAUGGCGGUCAAUCUGAUUCGAACAAUGGCUAUGGAGGUGAGUCUAGUUUAAGUAAUGGUUAUGGAAGUGAGUCUAGUUCAAAAAAUGAAGUACAUGGUCAAAAUAGCUAUAGCAGUCAAAGUUCCCACGGAGGAAUGAUUAACCAACAUGAAUCACAAAGUAAUCAAUAUGGGACUUCACAAAGUGGUUAUGACAAUCAAGGUUCUAGUUCCCCUAGUGGUUAUGGAAACAAAAUAAGUAGUAGUCCGUUUAGUAACCAGUAUGGUAACCAACAAAGUAACUUUUACUCUGAUGAUGAAAGUGGUUACAGAAACAAAGCUUCAAACUCUAACGUUAAUAAACAAACUAGUCAAUACGGACCUAACUCUGAAAAAGGUUAUAAUAAUCAAAUACAACAUAACUAUGGUGACAGAUAUGCUUAUAACCAAAACGAUUAUUAUGGUAGCCAUCUGGGAUACGGUAUACAUCAUUUAUACGGAAUUAAACCAGGAAGUUAUGGAAAAGAUCCCAACCAGCAAUACAGACCAAUAAUAACAAAAAAGGGUCCGUAUGGGGAAAACAAACUUAGUGUUUAUAGAAGUGAAGAUAUUAGACCAAAUAAAAGUGAUUUAAAUCCCCCAGGUUACCGUAAUGAUGUUAAGGAUUCCAAAGAUCAGAAGAGAAACAAACCGGACCAUGUGUCGAGUAGAUUAGAUGUAAAACCAGUGUAUGAACCGGAACCAGGGAAAUUAAAUGGAGAAAGGGUGACAUCACGACCAGUCGCCGUUGGUGGUAGUAGAAAUCCGAAACCUGGUGAAACCUAUGAACCGUGCUUCAGACGCGUGCUCGCCGGAAGGCGUGCUCUACGGAGUCACGUGAGAAAAGUUGUCAACUGCGAACGUUUAGAGGACUGUAGGAGAGAAUGUGCCGAGGAAAGGCGGUUUCACUGUGAGAGCUUUAAUUAUAGGUUAGACCCAACCUUCCGCGGCAAAGGUUUAUGCGAGCUCAUGACGAAACCAAUAGAAGCUUUUGACCUUCAAGAAGAUUUCGUAGAAGACAAGGAGUACGACUUUUACGAACUCGACCGAAACAGCUUGGAACCUUAUUGCCCAGAAACCCUACGUGGUCCAGGUCUUUUGCAUUCUGGUUACCUCUCUUCUAAACCAGAGAAAGUACCAGGGCAAGAUAACCAGUGGAGAGAUCGUAAUGACUGGUCUAUGAAUGGAUACAAGAGCUAUAAUCGAUUCUUUGACGAGAAACGAACUCAAACAUAUAAUAGACGAUACGAAGAUCAAUUGUAUGUACCUUAUCAGAUAGGCGUAAUUAAAAAACAAGAAAAUCGACGAUCAGAUGAAAAUUGGGGGCAGUACGGUGGUAAUUAUGGUGGAAUACACACCUCUUACAAAGACGGAAAUGAUUACCACAACUCCAAAAACCACUGGGCCAUCACCGAACCGUAUUACUCGUACCACGGUGUAAAACAUCAUAACGAAAAGGAGGAUUUCAACUACCACAGCCUUCAAAAGAAUAGCGAAUGGCAAGACUACGGUUACGGCUAUGGUUCCUGGAAGACAGGACGCUGGAAUAGUUCUGGAAGCUUCUGGAAGGAAAUUGCUGAUGCUGGUUUUAGUAAACAUGGCGCUCAUGAAUUUGAAGGAAGAACAGAUGAGUCUACUAAAGAUUGUUCUUCUCGCCGUAGACCAGGCAUGUCUCUAGGAUCCGGAGCCAUCAGACGAUCGCUUUUAGCACAUACUGUUGUCGAAUGUGAAGCUGCGUGCUUUGGAGAAAGGGAAUUCAAAUGUGUCUCAUAUAGUUACAGGUAUUCCAGUAUACCUGGCAAAGACAACUGCUUCCUUAGCGAAAGACCCUACAGAGGUCUGGAGAUGUCGAGUGACAGCGGUUCUGACGUUUACGCUAUGCCGCUUCACCAGGAUUGUCUAACGAUCAGCACUAAACCUUGGGUCGAAAGUGAAUGCUUUUGGCAUGUCCGUUCCGGAGCAGCAGUAAGUGGGAAAGCAGUAAGAGCGGCAAUAACAGUGACUGGAUUAGGUGCAUGCGAGGCGGAGUGCAUUCGAGCUCAUACUUUCUUCUGCAGAGGAUUUAGUUUUAGGUUUGACGCACCGACUAUAGGUGAUGACCUUGAGAACUGUCUGCUGACAUCAUCACCACCAACUUCUCUGGAACUUAAUCACGGAUUGAGUCCCAACAAACACGAGCUAUACUCAAGGGGAAACUAUGGUAGAGGCUGCGAGCCAGCUCUAUAUGACGAUGUCAACCGAGAACCACAAUGCUACCUCCAAUAUGAAAGCGCAGCGAAAUUGACACCAAUAUCUAUACGAGGCCGCGCGCACGCCAAAGACGAAAGAGCUUGCGGGCACGCGUGCACAGAUGCUCCUUUUACAUGCCUGAGCUUCUCUUUUAACAAUAAUGCCCCACCAGACUCUGAGAACUGCCUGCUCUCGGAAAUACGUCUCUUUGAUCUCCAACGAGGAGUGGAUUAUGAACAUUCCGUUGACGACCUUCUGUUUGCUUUCGAUCUCUUUAACGGACAAUGCUGGCGAAAAGUGCACGUGAAGGGAGAACAUGAUGUUCCGUCUUUGGAAGUACCUCGACCCUUGUCAGCACCAGCAUUAGAAGAAACUUAUCCUGGACCAGUUUCUGCACCAGAUUUCCAUCCACCUCCGCCAGAAACCUAUAUCAUCAGUUCAGGUCCAACCGGACCGGAAUACCAUGGUGCAGAACCUCCAAAACCUUACAUAUCCGAAACCGGUUACAAACCAGGUUACAAUGUAGGACCACCACUUAAACCUAGCUACCUACCAAGUGGUCCAGAUUCAACUGGACCCAGUGGUCCACCCAGUUACUCUCCUGGCUCUAAUUUUAAACCAAGUUACCCACCAGUAGAUCUUGAACCACACCCACCAAUCUAUGAACCAUAUCGCCCAAGUUAUAAACCCAGUUAUAAACCUGAAUACAUUCCAUCGGGUCAAAGUGAACCUGGUUUUAAACCGUCUGGAUAUAAACCUUCAUAUCCAAGUGGUCCAAGUUAUAGUUCAUAUGGACCAGCGUAUCCUCCUUACAACCAAGACAGACCGAACUAUAAACCUUCAUACAUUCCUAGUGGUCCAGAAUUUAAACCACAAGGCUCUGGAGGUAGACCAGGGGGAUAUCCAGCUCAAGAAGUGGGGUAUAGACCUCAAAAACCUAGACCUGUUGAUAAGAUUGACAAUUCUCUGUCGGUGUCAUGGCGUCACUACACCGUAUCAGGAUUCCCCUGCAGAAAGGGAACUACGUGUGAGCAGAAUAUCAUCGCUGGACACUGGGCUUGCGAACCUGAAGGCGGAGAAAUUGGCUCUUGGGACUACUGCUGUGCGGCAACCCAUAGAUGUGGCUACAGCGAAGGAUUCCAAAAACCAUGGUGUUACGUCGGUCCUUCACACGAACAAUGGCGUCCAUGCAGUGAAAAGUACUAUCCCUACCAUCAGCAUAACGUACCGCAUCCGUCUCAAGGACAAAGAGAGGCAAUUCGGCCACGACCGGAUCAAAAUCAAAAACCAUUGGAAAAACCGAGCUUUAUCCCGGCAGAGAGAGAUAGACAUAGCACUUCAUACCCAGGAGGAUAUUUGACAGAAGGGGAUAGAAGAUACUGGGAUGAUAUUUAUAAGAACGGCCCUCAAGCCUACUACGAUAAAAGUGGGAACCCUUUACCAGGAUACACCCGAGUGCCAAUAGAAGAUAGGCCGCACAUCAAAUACCAACGGAAUCCUUCAAGACCAGGUUCUGGGUAUUGGGUACCCGUAUCUUCGCCUGGAGAUGAUGAACCCCCAGCAGCUGGAGGUUUGGGAGUACCAAGGUACUGGCCGGUAGCAUACCUACAUAAAGGACCGCCACCAAAUAUGUCAUACUUCAGGUAUAACGAAACUACUACCACUGAAAGAUAUCCCGAUCCCCGGCCACAAAACGAAAAUCCUGAUACAAAACGCGUGAACCUAGACAAACCUGCAGCAAAUGAUUUAGAAAGUAGAUCUAUAGAAAACAGUCCGAGAGCUGAGAAAAGAAUAAACAUAACUGGUGAUGAUGACGAUAUUUAUGAACUCAAAGUAGAUAAUCAAACAACUACUACCUAUAAACCAGAAAAUAAUGAGACGGUAAUACUUGAACCAGUUACCGAGAAAGAAAUAAAGGUCAAUAAUACGGGUACGCAGAGUAUUCCGGUCAUUUCUAAUAUAGAAGAGGAUGAUAUAAUUAGUGGAAUAGAUGGCAAGCUUCACGAUUUUACGAAAUCGAUUGAAGUUUAUGACAUAGACCUUGUUAAAGAAGACAAAUUGCCUGAUUUUAAAACAUUAGAAGCAGAGGAAAAACAGAUAGAAGCUAUAGGAAGACUAUUAGCGUCUAAACGUGGGGGGAAAUUAGUUAUACAUAAACGAUCACAAAAAGACUUGGAAUCUAAGAGCAUAUCACUGGACAAAGAUUUCAUAGACUUCAAUUUCGGCAAUAAAUUCCCAACUACAGAAAGACGAGGUGUUAUCCAAAAAGUUUCCAAAGAGGACAUAGAGAAAAGUAAGUUUUUGAAUGAUAAAAGUUUGGAAGUAAGUGAGACAACUUUUGUGAGACCACCAAGAAUUUUGAGUACUACAGAAAAUAUUAGAAAAGCAGUUGUCAAUGGUAAGGUAUUUUAUGAUGCAACAAUAAGAGAUCAAAGGGAGUUAUACGCAAACUCUACACGACGAGCAAAGAACCUACGACUUCAAGAGAAUCGUGCUCCUUCCGUCAUACCUACUAUAAGUACUAAGAAAAAAACGAUCAGGACUCGAAACACUAAUCCAGUAAGACGUGUAAGAAGAGUUUAUAAAAAGAAAUACAAUCCAGAGGAGGUGAGAAAGAGGUUGUUAGAGAGAGAAAAGAGUAAAAAUAUCACUGAGACUAUUAAAAGUUAACAGAGUGGACAUUUUUAACGACUUUUUUAAAUUUUCCAAUA